AUGAAGUCGUUCUUCGGAGUCACUGCUUUUUGCGCAAUUUUCAGUCUGAUGACUGCCUUCUGCGGAGCCGCUGAUGCUGACGCCAGCGGAUCCCAGGCGCUCUACACGCACGCCGUCAAGAUGAGCUUCGCCAAGGACGGUGAAGAAAUUGGCGACAUCAUCAUCGGUAUGCGCGCCGACGUUGCGCCCAAGACAGUGGCUAACUUCCUUGCUUUCUGCAACGGGCGCGACAUCGACGGCCGCACGUACAAGUACGAGGGAACCGUGCUUCACAGGAUCAUCCCGAACUUCAUGAUUCAGGGUGGUGACAUUGUCAACGGCAACGGAACCGGCACCAUCAGCAUCUACGGCGACAGGUUCGCUGACGAGACCUUCAAGUUGAAGCACGAGGGACCCGGUGUGCUGUCCAUGGCCAACGCCGGACCCAACUCCAACGGUUCCCAGUUCUUCAUCACCACCGUCAAGACCCCGUGGCUCGACGGCAGGCACGUGGUCUUCGGAAAGCUCAUCGAGGGCUGGCCCGUGCUGCAGGAGCUUGAGGCUCAGGGUACCGCUAGCGGCAAGACCAAGACGGUUGUGACCAUCACGCACUGUUCCUCCAAAGAAAUUUAA